AAUUUUGGAAACCAUCCCUAAAGAGAUAAUCCAGAGCAAUGAUCCUUCGAGUAGUAAUCCUCUGAGCAAUAAUCUUUCGAGCAAUGACAAUGGCAACAGUAGUAAUUCUUCAAGCAGUAGCAGUAUUCCUUCGAGCAGUAGCAGCAAUCCUUCAGCUAACCAAGAAAUCCAAACCCAUCUCAUUAUAAUUGAUGAAACUCUCGAUCUAGUCGAAAAAUGCACUCUUGCUAACACCUAUAAAAUCUUUGAAGAACAACUCGAAAGAGAAUGCAAAGACCAAGAAAAAGCUGAUGCCAAUAAAUCCACUAACAUUAAACUCGAAAACUUAUAG